AUGGGCAACCCCAUAAAGGACCAGCCCGAUGCUGGGCUCAAGAGUCUUAACCACUAUUCAAGCCGACUACCCCUCUGGCGCUACUGGCCUCGACAGAAGCUACUACCAUUAAUUCGAUAUGAGACUCCUUAUCUGGCUUGGGCGCAGGAGAAAGUUCGCACGCCGACACUAGACUCGUACUUUGCGUUUACCGCGAACCUCGGUACCCACACGUUUUUCAUGGUCUUCUUGCCCUUCCUCUUCUGGUGUGGCCAUACUAGCUUGGGUCGUGGACUUGUACACAUCCUGGCCGCCGGUGUUUUCUUCAGCGGCUUCAUCAAAGACUUGCUAUGUCUUCCCCGGCCACUCUCGCCACCCCUCCAGCGCAUCACUCAUUCUGGAUCUGCUGCUCUCGAAUACGGAUUCCCUUCGACACAUUCAACCAAUGCUGUCUCGGUGGCAGUUUACGCCGUCUUACUUCUUAACUCCCCCGAGUCGACUGUGAACCCACAAACGAGCUUGAUCCUUCAGAUUGUUACAUAUCUGUACCUCACAUCGAUCGUUCUGGGCCGAUUAUAUUGUGGUAUGCAUGGGAUGUUGGACGUUGUCGUGGGCUGCAUUUUGGGCGUAUUGAUUGGCCUGGCGCAGUUUAGCCUGGGCCCCGCAUUCGAUGACUAUCUCCUCUCGGCAAACCUGAAGGAGAUUCUCGUCAUCCCGAUAGUAAUUCUGGUUCUUGUUCGCAUUCACCCGGAGCCGGUGGAUGAUUGUCCUUGUUAUGAUGACAGCGUCGCUUUUGCCGGCGUUACGCUUGGCGUGGACGUGGGAUCCUGGUAUUUCACUGGGUCUAGCCUUGCCUGGGAUGAACCCCUACCUGGUACUAUUCCUUACGACUUCGAGACUAUUGGAAUCGCCAAGACAGCGCUUCGCCUGGUUGUUGGAGUUUUGUGUGUUUUUGCUUGGAGAGAGAUCACAAAGCCCACCUUGCUUCGCAUUCUUCCGCCUAUCUUUCGCAGCUUGGAGAAACUCGGUCUCCUCCUACCUCGGCGAUUUUUCACCACUGCCUCCCGCUAUACAACGGUUCCAUCCAAUCUGAAAGACAACGAUGUCCUUCCCAACUUCUCCGAUAUCCCGUCCAUCAUCACCACAAUUCGACACCCUCGACGUCGCGCCAUCUCUAUCGGUCCACAGUCCGAAGCCGAUGCAUAUGAGACUUUGGCAUAUCGGGAGAAGCGCCGACGUGAAAGCUUAUCCGGCAGCCGUGAAUCUCCUGCGGAUUCGGAUGUUAAACCCAAUGGAACUCAUCUUCUAGCUAGGAAGACUUCCAAGCUGGAUCAGUACGAGGGAAUGAUGGGCAGGGGUAGCCCCGGAGGAUGCCAAUAUUCCCCGAUCGUCGCCACUCCCACCCCCGAGUUCAAUACGUCCCGAACGGAUGAGAAGGAGGUCUUCUCCCAGAUUAAAAAGCCUCGUGUGCGAUAUGAUGUGGAGGUUGUGACCAAGCUGGUUGUAUAUGCAGGAAUCCCCUGGGUCGUGAUCAAUACCGCGCCCCCCGUAUUCGAGUUGUGUGGGCUCGGCGUCCCGAAUUAA